AUGGCAGGCAAGGGUAAGACAGUCGUGAGGACGCUGGAGGAUUUAACGCUUGAUUCGGGUUAUGGUGGAGCCGCGGACUCGGUCAGGUCGUCCAGCGUGUCGCUGUGCUGCUCCGACACGCAUCAGUCCUUCGCGCAUGGGGGCAACUGCUGGCAUCUGACGGAAUCCAUGCACAGCAGACACAACAGUUUGGACACGGUCAACACAGUCCUGGCGGAGGACACGGACGUGCUGGAGUGCUCGGGCCAGUGCGCCAAGCUGCCCGAGCUGGAGGACGUGCCAUGGAGCCUCGGUGAGGUGGAGGGCGCGCUGAGGAAAGACGAGGAGCUGAUGGUGGGGGAGCCGCCGCCGGAGGUCCUGGCGCGGCUCUCGGCGCUGGUCAGCCGCGCGCUGGUCAGGGUGGCCCGCGAGGCGCAGCGGCUCAGCCUGCGCUACGCCAAGUGCACCAAGCACGAGAUCCAGAGCGCCAUCAAGGUGGUGCUCUCCUGGACCAUCUCCGUCAACUGCAUCACGGCGGCUCUCAGCGCCCUGUCCCUGUACAACAUGAGCACCGGGGACAAGUUCAGCCGGGGCAAGUCGGUGCGCUGCGGGCUGGUCUUCUCCGUGGGGAAGUUCUUCAGGUGGAUGGUGGAUAGCCGGGUGGCCCUGAGGAUCCACGAGCACGCGGCCAUUUACCUCACCGCCUGCAUGGAGAGCCUGUUCCGGGAGGUGUUCAGCCGCGUGCUGCGCAGCGCCCUGGUGGAGAGGGACAACGGCAUCCCCAAGUUUACGCUGGAGUCAAUGGAGCAAGCCAUCAACAGCGACUCCGAGAUCUGGGGGCUGCUGCAGCCCUACCAGCACCUCAUAUGUGGCAAGAAUUCAAGCGGAGCAAAUGGCCUGCCGCACAUAAUGACGGACUCCCACGUUCCUCCCCGCUCCCGCCGCCACCGCCGCCUCGCCACCUAUGCGCUCUGA